AUGUUCGGGCCGUUCAGAAUUACAAGUUCCCUUGGUGGGGGUCUUUUAUGGAAAAUCCCCUGGCGCCUCUCUCCGACUCAAAAGCUCCGUCAGCGCAGGCGGUUACGGGCCGUCGACAAGGUCGUCGAGACGCUGAGCAACGCGUUAGCCAAGAAGGGUGAGACGCUCAAAUCAUUGGAACGAUGGAAGGCCGAAAUGCCUACCGAGGCCGAGAUGCUGUCCAAGGACAAAUACACCAUGUUCGACCGGAAAGAAAAGAGGUAUCGCAAGGGCAUCCAUAAACUUCCCAAGUGGACGCGUGUGUCCCAGAGGGUCAACCCUCCCGGAUACUGAACGAGGCAACCGACAUCCUUCUGUCCUGUAUUUUGUGUACCAUACGAAACGGAACAAAUGGCGUUCAUUAUGGCAUCUUAGUAUCGGCUAGGUAGAUUUCACACACAGACGAUAGAGCGAUGCAAAGGUUGUUUUCCUGGGGUAUUACCUAUCUUUUCCGCAAAGAAACAGUCAAAUCAUGCACUUCCCGCGCC